AUGGCUUAUCGCCUGUCUGGUCAGUUCCCCGAGCCAACACCAUCGUACCCCUCGAGCACAGCAUCCCGUCCAGCGGAACAGAGCAAGCCGGCUGCAUUCUCUCCUGAAGAUUACGCACAGCCCUACUGCAACUUUAUGACCGCAUAUCCCACCAUCUUCCACGCCGUCGACGGGUUCACAAAGGAGCUCGAAAGCAAGGGAUACAAGCAUCUUCCAGAGCGUGAGGCCUGGACCUCGAAGCUACAACGGGGUGGGAAAUACUACGUAACGCGCAAUGGCAGCGCAUUCAUUGCAUUCUCCAUCGGGAAGGAGUAUGAGAGCGGGAAUGGGUUGGCUAUUGUGGCAGGCCACAUCGACGCCCUCACCGCCAAGUUGAAGCCUGUUUCGAAGCUUCCCAACAAAGCGGGCUUUGUCCAGCUUGGUGUGGCGCCGUAUGCGGGCGCCCUGAACGAAACCUGGUGGGAUCGUGAUCUAUCCAUUGGUGGUCGUGUUCUUGUCAAAGACCGCGAUAGUGGGAAGGUCGAGUCCAAGCUGGUCAAGUUGGAUUGGCCGAUUGCUCGGAUCCCCACACUGGCUCCCCAUUUCGGUGCCCCCUCUCAGGGUCCUUUUAACAAAGAGACCCAGAUGGUGCCCAUUGUUGGCAUCGAUAACUCAGAUCUGUUCCAGCACCAGGUGUCGGCUUCGGCAAGCUCGGACAAUGGCAUCAAGCCGGGUUCAUUCGCGGCUACUCAACCGGAGCGACUGGUCAAGAUUAUUGCGAAAGAGCUCGGAAUUACAGAUUACGACACAAUUCUGAAUUGGGAACUGGAGCUGUAUGACAGCCAGCCGGCGCGUCUGGGUGGCUUGGAAAAGGACCUGAUCUUUGCGGGUCGCGUCGACGACAAGCUCUGCUGCUACGCGGCCCAGCAGGCACUUCUCGCCUCCCCAGACAGCACAUCACCCGCCUCGAUCAAGAUGGUCGGCAUGUUCGACGACGAAGAGAUCGGCAGCUUGCUGCGACAAGGCGCCCGGUCCAACUUCAUGAGCAGUGUCAUCGAACGCAUUACUGAGGCCUUCGCCUCGUCCAACUACGGACCCAACCUGCUCUCGCAAACAGUGGCCAACAGCUUUUUUGUCUCGUCGGACGUCAUCCACGCCGUCAACCCCAAUUUCCUCAAUGUUUAUCUCGAGAACCACGCCCCGCGCCUGAACGUCGGCGUGGCCGUUUCCGCCGACUCGAACGGCCACAUGACUACCGACAGCGUCAGCUACGGCUUCAUCAAGCGCGUCGCUGACCGCUGCGAUGCCAAACUGCAGGUCUUCCAGAUCCGCAACGACUCGCGCAGCGGCGGAACCAUCGGGCCCAUGACCAGUGCGCGCAUCGGUAUGCGGGCCAUCGACGUGGGCAUCCCGCAGCUGAGUAUGCACAGCAUCCGCGCAACCACGGGCAGCUUGGAUCCCGGUCUGGGUGUCAAGCUUUUCAAGGGCUUCUUUGACUACUUUGAAGAGGUUGAUAAGGAGUUUGCUGAUUUUUAG